AUGAUGCGCGAGAUUGCCAAAGAGCUGGACACAGCGACGGACGCAUUCUCAGUCAUAAGCCGUGGCACACAACGGCCGCGGAUUCUUGACAUGUGCGCCGCCCCUGGAGGCUUCCUCGCGACUGCACUUGAGAUGUGUCCUGAAGCUCAAGUAUUGGCGUUCACUCUACCUCUUGCGGAAGGAGGACAUAGAGUUCUGUUGGGGAGAGACAGCAGAGUGAAAUUCAAGUUUCUUGAUAUCACGAUGCUGGCUGAAGAUAUGGAUAUGGGUGUGGGACUAGCCAAUGACGAGCAGUGCGGAAAGUUCCUUCCACGAAACAUUGCGCCUCACUAUCUGUUUCGCCUCGUUCUUUGCGAUGGACAAGUGCUCCGGACACAAAACCGACCAGAGUGUCGGGAACAGCGAGAGGCUUGCCGGCUGGUGUCAACACAACUGGCUCUAGGCCUUGAACACACGGAACCGGGGGGGACCAUGAUCAUCCUCCUCCACAAGCUUGAGGAAUGA